GAAAAAUUCCAAAAAAGAAAGAAACUUUUAGAAUAAUAAAUAAAAAUCACAAAAUUACAAAUUUAUUAUUAGGUAAAGUUUAAUAUAGUCUCGUUGAAAAAUAUAAAAAUGAAUACAGUCGUUUUCGCUGCAAGCAAGGAAUAAAGAGAAUCACUUUUAGAAACAAGAAACAUUAAGGAAACAGUUGUUGCUGACUCCACAAUUUUGAUUGAAUAUUUAAGAGACAACUCUUUUAAAUUAUUUUUGGCUUAAGUUGAUAACAUUAGCGAAUUACCAUUGAAAACUCUUGGACACAUAUAUAGAAUUUUGGCUAAUGAAGGAUAAAUUAUUAUUAAAUUCACUUCAAUUAAUUAGGAAGAUUUUGAAAAGUUUGUUAAAUUAUUGAAAGCUACUGGUUUUAAGAAUAGCAAUCCUGCUUAGACUGCUACUUCAAACUAAUUAGUUUUUGUUAAGCCUGAAUUUUAAUAAGCUGCUUCUCUUAAGAGAGAAGUAGCCUCUACUAAUGCUACUUAAAAUUAAAAUAGCACUACUGCUACUACUGAAACUUAAAACAAUGUUUAUGGAUAAUAUAUGCAUAGUCCUGUUGUUCAAGUUGAACCUUAAAUUAAAAAGAAAAAUGCUUUCUAGGCAGUAAAAAUCGACAACAACACUGUUGAUGAAGAUGCUCUCUUAAACAAUGAUAAAGUUAAUGUUGUUGUCCCUACUGAAGAAAGUUGUGCUACUAAGCCAAAAGCUUGCAAGAACUGCACUUGUGGAAGAAAAGAAAAAGAACAAGGUUUAUCUGAUGAUUAGCUUCUCCAAGCUCUUGAAAAGGGUGAUAUUAAAUCUAGCUGUGGUAAUUGUUAUUUAGGAGAUGCCUUCAGAUGUGCUAGCUGUCCUUACAAAGGUUUACCUGCAUUCAAGCCUGGUGAUAAAGUUAAAUUAGACUUAGGUUUUAACGAUGCCUCAUCAUCUCAACAAAAGGAAGGUGAUGUUAAAGUUGAAGGUGGCAAAGUAAAGCUUGCAAUUUGA